AUGGCUGCACUUGAACUCGGUGGAGGGCUGAGCCCGCUGCACAGUCCCAGCGCGGGGCCCCUACGGCGGCGCGGCCCCGACCCGCGCGGCCGGAGAUGGGCGCGGAAGGCGCCCCCCGAAGGCGGGCGCGGCCCGGAGUGUUUACCGUCCGCGUCGGCCCGGGGGAGCCGCUCCCUCGCGUCCCGAGCACUUGUUCGCGGAGCCCAGCAACAGGAGGGACCCUCGAAGGGGCCGCGGCUCCCGGCGCCGGGGGAGUCGUCUUCGCCCGAGGGGCCCCCCGCGGCCGCGGCCGCGCCCCCCGCGCCGGGAGCGGCGGCGACCCCGAAGCCGGGCGGCGGGAGCUGGGAGGCGCGCCGCGGCGGCGGAGCAGACAAUGAGCGAGGGGGCGACAAGGGGGAGGAGGGGGCCGCGGGGCACCCCCCACCGCCGCCCCUUCAUCCCCGCCCGCCCCCUCCUGGCCCCGCGGCCCCGCCCCCCUCCCGGCGCUGGUCCCGGCCGCGGCCCCCAGGAGCGGCCGCAGGAGGAGGGGCCCGCGCGCCUCGCCCGCGACCCCUCCCCAAAUCACAGAACUUCCCCCAACUCCGCCAACUAAGUUGCGCUCUCACCGUGCGGCGCCCGGGGCUCCCCCGCGGGCCCAGCCGGAGCAGCUCCGCACCGUCGCCACCGAGAAGGACAAUAGGCAGCCGCUCACCCGGCGGCGGCGACGGCUUGAGGCAGCGGCGGCCGAGGCAACGAGCGGGCACGGCGAUCUCAGCGGAGCCCAGAAGCUUCGCCGCGGCUGCUCCGGCUCCGCGCUGGCCCCGCACACAGCCCAACCCGCCGCGCAUGCGCCACAAGCCGCUCGGGCACGGGCGGGGCACUUGGGGAGGGCAGUAA